GUAUUUAAAGAAAGAGAAUGAUGAAAAUUGAUAAACAGGGAUACUGAAUCAGAUCCUUAAUUUUCAUUAGCUUCAAAAAAACCAUGGCAUUCACUAGCUUCAAAAACGUAUUUUCCCCCGUUUCUCUAUUCAUGUUGGCCCUGUUACAUUUUUCCUUUAUUUCUGAUUCUGUUUACGUAGAUAAAGAAACCGAGACAAAUGCUCUUCUCCUUUGGAAAGCCAGUCUUCAAAAUAAAAACCAGUCACUCCUACCUUCAUGGACUCUCCAUCCUAAUAAUAAUGCAACCAAUUCUUCCAACAAUCAAAAUGCAAGCUCAAAUCCAUGCAGUUGGUUCGGUGUUUCUUGCAACCAUGCAGGAAGUGUUAUCAGAUUAAACCUGACUAACUCAGGCUUGAAAGGUACUCUCCAUGAAUUUUCAUUCUCAUCACUCCCUAACCUUUCAUUUGUUGAUCUCAGCAUGAAUGAACUCUUUGAUACAGUUCCUAUUGAUAUUAGUUACCUGUCUAAACUCAUAUAUCUUGAUCUAUCCUUUAAUAACUUUUCGGGGAAAAUCCCACCCCAGAUUGGCCUACUGAUCAACCUUGAGGUCUUGCACCUCGCUGAAAAUCAAUUAAGUGGCUCAAUUCCUCCAGAAAUAGGUUAUUUAAAGUCUCUUAAUGAACUUUCUUUGUAUGGCAACAAUUUCUGUGGAUGCAUUCCUGCUUCAUUAGGUAAUUUGAGCUAUUUGACUGACUUUUCUCUCAAUAGUAAUUUCUUUUCGUGUUCCAUUCCUAUAUCUCUGGGUAAUUUAAGCAACUUGGCUUAUUUGUACCUCUAUGAUAAUCAACUUUCUGGUUCCAUUCCUCCACAAAUUGGAAACCUUACCAAUUUAGUUGAACUUGACAUAAGUAACAACAGUUUCAAAGGUCCCAUCCCUUAUAGUAUUGCAAAAUUUGAAAAGCUAACAUUGUUGCAUAUGAACCAAAAUCAGCUCUCUGGCUCUAUCCCCCUAGAAAUUGGAAAUCUGAAGUCUCUCAUAUUCUUAAGCCUUGAAACAAAUAAUCUUUCUGGCUUAAUUCCCACAUCUUUAGGUUCUCUUAAAAACUUAACUCUUUUACACCUGUACAACAAUCGACUUUCUGGUACCAUUCCUGAAGAAUUAGGAAACUUGACAUCCAUAACUGAUCUUGAACUGAGUAGAAAUCAGUUGAACGGUACUAUUCCAAUUUCCAUUGGCAGGUUGAGUGGCUUAAAAGCUUUAUUCCUUCGUGAUAACCAACUUUCUGGUCCCAUUCCACACGGGAUCGGAAACUUAACAAAGUUGACUGCUCUGCUACUAGAUGCCAACCACUUCACUAGCUUUUUGCCUCAAAACUUAUGCCCUAGUGGGUCUCUUCGAUUACUAAGGGCAGACAACAACAAUCUCACAGGUCCAAUACCAAAAACCUUGAGAAACUGUACAAACUUAAUUAGAGUCCGCCUUGAAAGAAACCAAUUCUUUGGAAAUAUAUCUGAAGAUUUUGGUGUCUAUAGAAACCUACAGUACAUGGACCUAAGUUACAAUAGAUUUUAUGGUGAAAUCUCACACAAUUGGGGCAAGUGCACACAACUAACUACUCUAAAGAUUGCUGGGAACAAUAUUUCUGGUCGCAUACCACUUGAAAUAGGAGACUUAGUUCAACUCCAAUUACUUGAUCUUUCUUCUAACCACUUGGUUGGGGAGGUUCCAAAGGAAUUUAGAAAGUUGACUUCUUUGUCGAAGCUGAUGUUGAAUGGCAAUAAACUUUAUGGUGGUUUACCCUUGGAGCUUGGAUCAUUAAUAAAUCUUGAGUAUCUGGAUCUAUCCACUAAUAGGUUUGGCAAGGAAAUCCUGAGAAAUAUAGGGAACCUUUUGAAACUACAUUACUUGAAUAUGAGCAACAACAAGUUUAUCCUUAACAUUCCAGCCCAAAUGUGUGAAUUAGCUCAUUUGUCCCAGCUAGAUUUGAGCCUUAACUCACUCGAAGGAGAGAUACCUUCACAAAUCAGCAAUAUGCAGAGCUUGGAGUUGUUGAAUGUAUCCCAUAAUAACCUCUCUGGUCUCAUUCCAACUGCUUUCGAAAAGAUGCGUGGCUUGUCGUUUGUCGACAUAUCCUAUAAUGAGUUAGAGGGUCCUCUUCCCAAUAGUCGAGCAUUUCAUGAUGCUCACAUUGAAGCAUUACAAGGUAAUAAAGAAUUGUGUGGAAACGUUACGGGAUUGCAACCCUGUAAGGCAAGACAUAUCUCAGAGAAGGGAAAUAAAAUCAUUUUCCCUCUCUUGGGAUCACUUUCACUUGUAUUGUUAUUCCUAGGAAUAUUCUUCAUUUUAAAAGGAAAAGGGCAAAAUCCACAGACAAAUCAAAACACAUACAUGGACAAGGAAGAAGUGUUUACAAUAUCAACUUUUGAUGGAAGAACAAUGUACCAGGAAAUCUUUGACGCAACCCAGGGUUUUGAUGCUAAGUUUUGCAUUGGGGAAGGAGGAUAUGGAACCGUCUAUAAAGCCCAGCUAUUAUCUGGAGACACAUUUGCAGUUAAGAAACUCACAUCCUUGUGUGAUGGUAAUAUUUCACAACAAAAAGAGUUCUUAAAUGAGAUAACUGCAUUAACAGAAAUUCGGCAUCGAAAUAUUGUAAAAUUGCAUGGCUUUUGUUCACAUUCACGUUUCUCAAUUUUGAUUUACGAGUACCUUGAAAAGGGUAACUUGGCCUCAAUUUUGAGCAAUGAUGGAGGAGCUAAAGAAUUGGACUGGAAUAAGAGGGUGCAUAUCAUCAAAGGUGUGGCUUACGCUUUGUCUUACAUGCACCAUGAUUGUUCACCACCAAUUGUUCAUAGGGACGUAUCAAGCAAAAAUGUUUUGCUGGAUUCAGAGUACGAGGCUCAUGUUUCAGAUUUUGGCACAGCGAAGAUUCUUAAUCAAGACUCAUCCAAUUGGACUUCACUUGCUGGCACAUAUGGAUAUCUUGCACCAGAGCUUGCUUAUACAAUGAAGAUAACUGAGAAAUGCGACGUGUUUAGCUUUGGAGUUUUGGCUAUUGAAGUGAUCAAAGGUAGGCAUCCUGGUGAAAUCAUCUCCAUUCUAUCUACUUCAACCGUGGAGGAUAAUUUCUUGUUGAAUGAUUUGUUAGACAUACGCCUUCCACCUCCCACUCUUGAGGUUGAGAAUCAACUAAUACUCAUCAGAAAGUUGGCAAUUGCAUGCUUGCAUGCUAAUCCAAAAUCUAGACCAACUAUGCAUAUGGUCUCUCGGAUUUUAUCAAGCUGAAGUGCACUUUCCUAGAACCAUCAUAGUUUGACUAGGACAAGCAAGGAUAUAAUAAGACGCUGUAUUCUGUCAAAUUUAUGUUGUUGAAGGCAAUUGUUUGUUUAAGAUUAUAUAAUGCCGAGAUUACUACUAGAUGUUUAAUUGUAUUAAUAACGUGCUUCUAGUAAUACAGAUUUC